AUGCUGCAGCCAGUGUGGCUGGUGCGGAAGCAAUGCCUCCUACUGCGGUGCGGGAUGCCAGAACGGGCCGUGCUUUGCACCUUCCAAGUGAACCACUUCACUCACAUCGUCUACGCCUUUGCUGCCAUCAGCCCUGUCAACUACACUGUGGUGCCCUAUGAGUGGUGGACGGACAUCUAUCACGGCCUCUACACCCGCUUCACGGCAGCCAUCAAGGCCAAGAACCCAGCAGUCAAGUCAGUUCUCUCCAUCGGCGGUGGUGAUGCAGUCAGCGCGCCGCGGUUCGCUUAUGUUUCGGCUACCAAAGCGCCCCGCACAAAGUUCAUAAACUCAGGGAUUGCAUUGGCGAGAAAGUACGGGUUUCAGGGGAUUGACAUCGAUUGGGAGCUUCCGAAGGGGAUGCCAGGCCGGUUUUCAGCCCUGAUUUCUGAUUUUCGGGCAGCAAUUGAUGCUGAAGCUGCCCGGACACGUCGUGCAAAGCUCACGCUCUCGGCAGCUGUGACAGGGUAUGCGGGGGAAAUCGAUUCCUGCUACCAGAUGCCGACACUUAACAAAGUGCUAGACUGGGUGGGAAUAAUGACGUAUGAGUUUCACGGGGAGUGGGACGACGUGACUGCGCAGCACACUGCUCUGGAAGACAAGAAAAACCCGCUAUUGAGCAUCAAAGGUGCUGUUGCAGGUUUUAUUGCCAAGGGUUUGUCAAGAAGUAAGCUGGUGCUGGGUCUGGCAUCCUAUGGCCAUGUGUGGACGCUCAAGUCUGCUGCAAGCCAUGGGGUUGGGGCACCUGCUAAAGGAGGUCCCACUAUGAGCUACAAAGACAUUGUGAAGUUCAUUGCGGGUGGUGCUACAGCUGCAUUCGAUUCGCCAUCUUCGUCAAUGUAUGCUUAUAAAGGGACCACAUGGGUGGGGUACGACAAUCCUGACACAAUUUCCAAGAAGGUGCAGUAUGCCAAGCAACAAGGGCUGGGAGGUUACAUGUUCUGGUCUUUUGAUCAAGAUUAUGGAUAUAGUUUAGCCAAGUCUGCUGUUACAGCAGCUUCGACCUAG